AUGCAUCCUUCCUUCUUCCUGGCUACCCUUUGCCUGGGAAUAGCAUCAGCUGCUCCACAACUCAAUCAGAGCUUAGAUGAACAAUGGUCCCAGUGGAAGGCAACACACGGGAAACUAUAUAGCAUGGAUGAAGAAGGACAGAGGAGAGCAGUGUGGGAGAGGAAUAUGCAAAUGAUUGAACAGCACAAUCGGGAACACAGCCAAGGGAAACACAGCUUCACAAUGGCAAUGAAUGGUUUUGGUGACAUGACCAGUGAAGAAUUCAAGCAGGUGUUGAAUGACCUUAAAAUCCAGAAACACAAAAAGGGGAAAGUGUUCCAAGCACCUCUCUUUGCUGAGAUCCCUUCAUCUGUGGACUGGAGAGAGAAAGGCUAUGUGACUCCCGUGAAGAAUCAGGGUGACUGUCAUUCUUGUUGGGCUUUUAGUGCAACUGGUGCCCUUGAAGGACAGAUGUUCCGGAAAACUGGCAAACUUGUUUCAUUGAGUGAGCAGAACCUGGUGGACUGCUCUUGGUCUCAAGGCAAUAAGGGCUGCCAUGGUGGCCUAAUGGAUAAAGCCUUCCAGUAUGUUAAGGACAAUGGGGGACUGGACUCAGAGGAAUCCUAUCCAUAUCAUGCACGGAAUGAAUCCUGCAAAUACAAGCCUGAGAAUUCUGUUGCCAACGUGACCGCCUUCUGGAGUGUCGUAAACAAGGAGGAUGGCCUAAUGACCACAGUGGCAACUGUGGGGCCUGUCUCUGCUGCUGUAGAUGCAAGCCUGAAUUCCUUCCAGUUCUAUAAAAAAGGCAUUUAUUAUGAUCCAAAGUGCAGCAAUAAACACCUGAAUCACGGUGUUCUGGUGGUUGGCUAUGGCUUUGAAGGAGAAGAAUCGGAUAACAAAAAAUACUGGAUUGUCAAGAACAGCUGGGGUGCAAAGUGGGGCAAACACGGCUACAUACUCAUGGCCAAGGACCGGGACAACCACUGUGGAAUUGCCACCAUGGCCAGCUUUCCUAUCGUGUGA